AGAUAAACGAUAGCUUUGGGUGCCAACGGUUGUGCUCUCUCUGUAAAUUUUACUAUUAUAAGGCUAUUUAAGUAGCAAUGAAAAAAAAAACAUCUGAAAUUCAAGUCUUGCAUUCAAAAUGAGUUUUUACAGAAAGUAGAUAAAUAAAGACGGUAUAAGCAAGUUAAUGCAAAGGACAACAUAUGAUGAAUAACCGUAAUUAUAAGUGCACGAAAAGAUUUUACGCGUCAGUAAGCAGUAACAAGUUAUGGAACGUAACAGUUUUAAAUGGAAAACUUAUAAAAGAAUAAAAAACCGGAGCAAAUAAACAAUUAAUCGGUAAGCUAAACGACUUCGAGCACGAAUUGCAUGUUGUCAUGCUGGCGGCGUAAUAAAACAAAAUAUUAUAUAUAUAUGCUGUAUAUCUCCGUUAACGCCAAUCUCGAAACACCUACAUAUGUGGGUUCUUACAAACAUCCAACAAUUUUUCAGUAUCUUUUUAUCAGCGAGGCCCUGCUUAAUGGAUUUAAAUUAAAUUAAAUCAGUCAAAGUGCACUAGACGUCAGAUUCGCGUCUCAUUGCCAAUAAAUUGGAAGUGAAAUGAAAACUACUUAGGUGUGUCUAUGCAUGUUCGAAUAAACAAAAAACCAAUUUAAUUUUGCAAGCACGCCAGGACUUCAAGGGAAGUAAAUAAGUGUUAGUGUAUUUAUUUGUGACUUCGAAGCAAUUGAGAGCAGUCGCAAAGGCACUCAGCGGUCGUCUCAACAUUACCAUGCCAGGGCCGUGUCAACGCCUUCGUUUACCCUCUUUAGCGGCGGUGAUGCGUACAACACGCGCUUCUACCACCGACUAUACCUCUAUUACGAUUCGCAAAGAGCAGCGUCGCGUCGUCAUGAUGGGCGCUGCACGUGUCGGCAAGACUUGCAUUAUUUCGCAAUUUCUCUAUGAUAAAUUUCAAGCCCGCUACAAGCAAACAGUGGAGGAGUUGCAUCGUGGGGAAUAUGAGCUGCCAGAUGGCUCGGCGUUAACGUUAGAUAUUUUAGAUACAUCCGGUUCUUAUGAAUUCCCUGCAAUGCGUACUUUAUCGAUAUCAACAGCGGGCGCCUUCAUCUUGGUGUAUGCGGUAGAUGAUAAACAAUCGUGGUUUGAGGUGGAAAGACUAAGGAAACAGAUAAUAGCAAAGCGUGGCCUCAAGGUACCCAUUGUCAUCGUUGGUAAUAAGGUGGACAUAAACGAAGCUGAUCGGCAGGUGGAGCAUGAGGUUACUGAAAUGAUUGUAUGUGAGGAUUGGAAAAGCGGUUACAUCGAAUGUUCGGCUAAAGAGAAUUUAGGCAUUGUGGAGAUUUUCAAAGAGUUGUUGGUACAAGCGAAUAUUCGCUAUAACCUAAGUCCUGCCGUGCGGCGACGGAGGCAGUCACUACCUUCCUAUAGCAUCGCCACAGCGAGAAUGACAAGCGCCACAAAGAGCCCAUCACAUAAAUAUACAUUAAAGCGUCACUCAUGCACUAUGACAUGAAGGGCAUAAACGGAUGUACCGGAGCUGCGCUGAUUAUUUCGAUAUUAGAAAAAAAAAACAAUACUAAAAUGAGGUUAAGCAUUUUGUAGCUUAAAAGUGAAUCUGCUAAAAGUGAAUGCCAUUUUAUGUGAGGCUUUUCCGUUAUGUAUUAAUGUACGUACCAAAACUAAGGCUUAUGGAAAUAUAACAUAUACAUGUUUACAUAAGUCAGUGCACAGGUGGGUUCCAUUACGGUGAAAACAUUGCAUACAUAACACAAUUUCGCUCAGACUUUUAUCUGGCAAUAUGAAUUUCCGUACGAGCCAUUAAAGCCAUCAUUUCGAUUGUUCAUUUUUUUUGUUUUUUUUUGAAUAUGUAUCGAAGAAAAACAAAAAUACAACAUGAUAACAACAAAACUAAUUAGCGGCGUGUUCAUUCUUCUUUGUCCUUAUAUUCAAUCAUAUAUCGUUGAACUGGAAUAUAUGUUAAUCCAUAAAAUAAGCAUUGGACUUUCAAACUGACAUAAAACAAUAAGAAAACGCCAAAUUGUGUAGUUCGAGAAAAAUGCACUGAUAGAAGUAUUUUUGAAAGAGGUGAUAUUAUUUUUUUAUACCAUUUGUAUGUACCUAUAUGUAUAUAAAUAAAUUAUAUACGCAUAUGUGUAUAUGCGUUAUUAUAAUUGUGUACAUGUUUCAAACGAGUGCAAAAUUUAGUAAACAUUUGUAGAAUUAAAGUUUUCAAAAUCCAAAAUAUAUUUAAAUACUUUUUUUAAAGAAUUAUAUCAACUGUAGACUAAUCAAAUGUUGUUAUGUAUGUACCUAUGUAUAAUCUCACAUAUUUAAACCACUGUCAGUAUUUUAUAUGAUUUAGCUGUGGUAGUUCAUUAUUUAACGACUUUUUACCCUGAAACACACACACAUAUACAAACGUACAUCCGUUUAAAUAAUAUAAUUCAAAUGUCUAAAGUGAAAAUGGAAUUUUCCGUAUCUACUAAUUUAGAGGAACAAGAUAAUUAAGUUAACGAAACAGACUUGACGCCAAAAAUUUCUGUUAAUAUAUAUGUACAUAUAGACUAUAUUAAGUUUAAAAUUUCUUACUAAAUGUGCAAAUAAAAAUGUAUAAGUAUUAAUUCAGAGACAACGUAUUUGUAUUUACAACGUGUUUUCAAAGUUUCUGAGACUACGAAGGUUACUGAAAUGGUAUGUUAAGUUCUACAACAAUAAUAUUUUUAUGAGUUCAAGAUACUAUAUAAUGAAUGUUACGACACAUAUAUAAUGUAAACAAUAAGAUGCUUUAAAAUGCAUCAUAAGUGGUAAACGAGUGCAUGUGUAAAAUACAAUCUCUAAAUAUUUACAAAACUAAUUGAGAAACAAAAAAGUGAAAGAAAAAAAUAACUUUUGGUAUAAGGGAGUUACAAAAAAAGAAGUAGAAAUGUUUUGCAGAAUUUAUCAGUUUUGUAAUAUGUAUUUAAUUAUAAUAAAAAAUUGCUUUCAGA